GGCGCUAGGAAAAUCACGGAGCUGGGACCUUACCACCUCUCUCUCUCCUCGCUCGCUCUCGCUCUCGCUCUCUCCCUGGCCGUCAGCGGACUCCUUUCUCUGCACACGUCUUUCUCUGAAAUGUGUGUGUGCGCGAAAGAGAGAGGAGGAAUAAAGUGUGUGUGUGCGCGCGAGGGUGCAUGUCCGGAGCAAGUAAAGGCAGGGGGAUUAUUCGGCGCUAUCGAAAUAUUUCAACACGUCGCCCUCGCUGCAGGACUGAAGCCAAUAAGAGGGAACGCAUUUUAACAGGAAUGCCGAUAUUGUAAACAGCAGCAAGAGGAGAAAGAAUGCGCCGCAGUCAAUUAAGUGACUCACCCGAGUUGGUUUAAUUCGACUAAUGUCCGCGAGCCAGCGAGACACGGAAAGGUGUCCGAUGCGCGUCAAACUCUGAAGAAAAUCGGUCUCGCAGCACUCCUGAAGAUUAAUGGAGAACAUUUUCACUUUUCUCUGUGCAGAGUUUUGAUCAAAAAAUUUCAACAGAGGACUGUAGAGAUUUCGCAGCAACUCGUGAAAAAAGUGGAUGCUUAUUUCUACAGUUGAAAGUGGGAUUUCCAAAGCUUUCCAACUUCAGAUUUGUUAUUUUUUCUUCUUUUUUAAAAUUUGUUUUCAUUUGCUCCUCUCGCACGCAGGCUUCACUGUUGUUAGAAAUACUGUUUCACAUCCCAACCAGUCGUCUACAUUUGUUGCCAGCCCUUGAAUGAACUUCCUGAUGAGAGAUCCAGUCAUACAGGGAUCAAGUAUGGCAUAUCAUCCGUUUAUACCUCACCGGGGUCCGGAAUUUGCCAUGAGUGCAAUGCUGGGUCACCAGCCUCCUUUCUUUCCGGCAUUGGCUCUCCCUCCCAGCGGCUCCCUCUCUCUGCCGGGCGCCCUGGGAAAGCCGAUCAUGGACCAGCUGAUGGGAGCCGCGGAGACCGGCCUCCACUUCUCCUCGCUGGGGCAUCAAGCCGCGGCCGCCCACCUCAGGCCUCUCAAGACUCUGGAGCCUGAGGAGGAGGUGGAGGACGACCCUAAAGUUCACCUGGAAGCCAAGGAGCUUUGGGAACUCUUCCACAAGAGAGGCACUGAGAUGGUGAUCACAAAAUCCGGAAGGCGGAUGUUCCCCCCGUUCAAAGUGAGGUGCACCGGUCUGGACAAGAAGGCCAAAUAUAUUCUCUUGAUGGACAUAGUUGCAGCCGACGACUGCAGGUACAAAUUUCAUAACUCCCGCUGGAUGGUGGCGGGAAAGGCCGACCCCGAAAUGCCAAAGAGGAUGUACAUUCACCCGGACAGUCCGGCUACUGGUGAACAGUGGAUGUCAAAAGUCGUCAAUUUUCACAAACUCAAGCUGACAAACAACAUCUCCGACAAGCAUGGAUUUGUAAGUUCAACUAAUACCAUUCUUAACUCGAUGCACAAAUAUCAGCCUCGGUUUCACAUCGUGAGGGCCAACGAUAUCCUCAAACUCCCGUACAGUACCUUCAGGACUUACGUUUUCCCCGAAACAGAUUUCAUUGCCGUGACCGCUUAUCAAAAUGACAAGAUAACGCAGCUGAAAAUCGACCAUAAUCCAUUUGCCAAAGGAUUCCGUGACACGGGCAAUGGAAGACGAGAAAAGAGGAAACAGCUGGCUCUGCAAUCCAUGCGUUCAUACGAGGAGCAGCAGAAAAAGGAGAACGGGGCUUCAGACGACUCCUCUGGAGAGCAGGCUUCCUUUAAGUGCUUCGGCCAGGCCUCGUCCCCUGCCGUGUCUACCGUGGGCCCCCCGCACCUGAAAGAUUUCUGCGACAGCGAUGAGGACAGCGACGAUGAGAGCAAAGAUGGACACAUCAAAGACGGCCCAGACUCCAGCAAGAUCUCCACGACCACGGAGGACGGGAAGGAUCACGAGGCGAGCCCAGCUAAGGGGAACCCCUUCAGUAACAGUGACUCUACCAGCAGGAUCCGCGACAGCGGCCCUAGGACUGAGAGAAGCCAGGCAGACUCGCGGCAGAGCCCCAUCACCGUCAUCUCCAGUACCACCCGCUCUGGAGAAGACCUCAAGAGCCCGACCCUGGACCAGCCCAAAACGGACGAGUGCAGGUCAAUAGGCAAGGACAGCUUCAUGCCUUUGACUGUUCAGACUGACAGCGCGCACAUGGGCCACAGCCACUUGCAUAAUUUUGGAUUUCCAACAGGUCUGACAGGACAACAGUUUUUCAAUCACUUGGGGAGCGCGCACCCGUUUCUCUUGCACCCUGGUCAGUUCAACAUGGGAGGCGCGUUCUCAAACAUGGCCGCGGGCAUGGGGCCACUAUUGGCAGCCGUGUCCACGGGAGGGGUGAGCACCAUGGACACGACUAGCAUGGCAUCAUCGCCGCAAAGCUUGACGGGAGCGCCAGGCCUGCCCUUUCAUCUGCAGCAACAUGUCUUGGCAUCACAGGGCCUUGCCAUGUCUCCCUUUGGCAGUCUGUUCCCCUAUCCCUACACGUACAUGGCAGCAGCCGCGGCAGCCUCGUCCGCCGCCUCCUCAUCGGUGCACCGACACCCCUUCCUGAACGCGGUGCGCCCCCGACUCAGGUACAGCCCCUACUCCCUCCCCAUGACGGUACCGGACAGCACCCUGCUCACCACCGCCAUGCCCUCCAUGACCGGCGGCGGCGGAGGAGGAGGAGUAGGCGGCGGCAGCACCGAGCUGAAAGGAGGGGACGGCAUCGUCCCGGCCAGCCCGGUGUCUGGCGUCACCCUGGAUUCCACAUCGGAGGUGACCAGUCACUCGUCCACCAUAUCCUCCGGCUCGGUUUCCAUGUCCCCAAAGACUUGCACGGAGAAAGACGCCGCUAAUGAGCUGCAGAGCAUCCAGCGCCUGGUCAGUGGACUCGACUCAAAUCAGGACAGGCCACGGAGCGGGUCCCCCUGAGGACUUUUUCCUCCUCCUCCUCCUUCUUCUCCUUCUUCUUUUUUAAACACACCACCUGCUUCUCGUUUCGUUGUUGUCAUGAAAAGUGAAAAGUGUUGACGGUGAGGACGACAUUAUGAGUAGGGAGAUAAACUCUCAUAGAAUCACGCAGGUUUUAAAAAGGAAAAACAAAAAAAAAAAAAAAAAACAUGAACUGUUGGACGUUUUAGUUUCUGAAAUGCACUUUGGUUAAUACACAUCUGAUAUGUAUAUGUUUCUCCUUUUUCCUCUUGUCUCUCUUUUUUUUUUUUUUUUUUUUUUUUUUUUGUUAAAUUAAACCACACUUUUAUCCUGUCAUUUGAAUACCGUACAAGUAUUGAAACUGAAAAAAAGCUGGCAUGGGUGUGACUUACAGAUUUAGGAGAAGUUGCUGCUGUGUCCUGUCUCCUAACGUUAUUGUACACGAGGAGAAAUGUGUGUUUUUUUUUUAAUAUGCACUCUGAAUUGAUUUGACUUAUUUGAAUUCACUACCGUUAAAUCUACCUUUAAAAAAAAGACUGCUGUAUUUUGUUGUACAUUAUUAAUUCACAGAUUGGCCAAACGUUGCAUGCCCCCCCCAACAAAUGUUAUUUGAAAUACUAAAAAUUGAAAGGAAAAAUAUGGAUAACAUUCUGUCUUUGAAUAGAAUUAACACACGCCCUUUAAUUAGGUUACCAUUAUUUUUUAAAAGCAAAUUAGUUUUUCCUCAUGCCAUUUAAAAAUCAGAACUGGCCUAUGACUGGUGCUCCGGGACAAAACCAUGGCCCCUCCAAGCAUGCGGAAUUUAGUCCAACUGUCCAACAGGCAAAGGGAAGCAGAAAUUUAAAGUAAAUACUAAAAAAAAAAGAAAGGUAGUAUUGAUUAUAGGUGUACAUAGGGAUAUAUAAAAUAUUUAUGUAAUUAUUUCAUAUUGUUAUUGCGUGUAAAUACAACGGAGUAGUUUGUUUCUAGGGAUCUGUUCUUAAUUUAUUGUCGAUAUACCUGUGUAAAGAUAGUUUGUGGGCUAUUAUCCUUUUGUUGCCAUCUGCAUUUAUACCCCCCCUCCCCUCUUAAAAUAUGGACUUAUUGCCUCCCUCCCUCCCCCCCAUACACCCCCAAAUAUCCACUGAUAGUUACUCACACUCAUGUGCCAUUGUAUUUUCACUUGUUGUCCCCGUGUGUGAAGUGCUACUGUUUAAAAACGAAUGAAAAAGCGACAACGCACUGCACCAAUGGCUUGAAAAAAAUAUUCUUUUUUUUUCCUUUUUCUUUUUUUUUUUUUAAGAAGAGCAUAAAAGGUGUCGUUGAAGUGUGACAAAAGUGGACUAUUUUUUCUGUUAUUAAAAAUACUUUGCGAACCUGAUCGUAAAAGUGCCGCAUAAUCGAAAAAUAUGAAGGUUUCUUUUGUGUUUCUUAAGUUGUCAGUGGGUUAUGUUGUAUUGGAGUUAUGUCUAGUUUACAACAUCAACAUCGUGUUCUUGAAAGUUUCAAUAAAAUAUUGAAAUGCCA